AAAAAUAACACUUCUUUGACAUAUUAUUUGUAACAGCAAGAAUACCAUCCCAAAAUAUCACUUAUUAUAGACUACGGCUAAAAGAGGCAUAAGCCACAGCUAUAAAUGAUAAUGUAAAUAUCCGUUUCCAUCACGGUUUCCAUGACCGCGGACUACGAAAACAAAAAUUUUAUUUAAGGAGUUGCAAUCAUUAUUAUCAAAGAGAAUUAUAAUUAUUAUUCUCUUUGUUGCAAAUAGUUGCAAUACGCUUGUCAUUGUUCUGAGUGCAAUACAGUGCAACACCUUUGUUAUUUUUUCGUUGAAAUUAAAUAAAUACUUAGUGGUAAAGAUUUUAUUCAAAUUCUUUUGUCUUAAUUUCGUGUGAAUUCGUAGAAUGAAUAAAAGAUAUUCAAUUGUGGCUUGAUUAUGUGUAAAUGAAUUGGUGACACAAUGAGUUUUAAUGUUGAUGAUCCACUUGCUGGAAUUCUUAGCGAUGGGAGCGAUGAUAGUUUCUUUGAUGAUGACAUAUUAGGGAAGAAAAAGCCGACAAAGGCAAAACCUUUCGCAAGCGGAGAAAAAAAAAGUUCAUUAUUUGAUUUGGAGCAAACUGAAAAACCGGCAGAUAAACCUGCAACAGCUUUAGAAGGUAAGAAAGAUACUCCUUUUGACUUUGAUAAGGCAUUCACAGACGAAUUAAGGCCGCAAACGUCAGGUAAACCAUUAGUUUCUAAAGAUUCAAUAAAGUUUCAGUCCUCUGACUCUAAAAAAACAGCUUUGGAUGUCAAUAAAUCCCCAGCUAAGACUAAAGGAAGUACGAGUGCUGAUAAACUUGAUUUCCUUAACACGCCAAAGAAGGAAACGAAAGUUCUGGGGAAAGGAAAGAGUUCUCAAUCGCUGCUAGAUGACAUUUUAGGCGAACCAACUACAAAAGCAAAAGAUUCAAUCCAAUCGAGGCCAGGAACAGCAGCAAAAGGUGAUUUCGACUUAGAUACAUUUUUAGGCAAAAGUGAUACAAAAUCAGCACCUAAUAAAAAUACCCAAAAACAAAACACAAAGCCUGAUAAGACAAAAGGCGAACUGGCACCACCAAAAAAGAAAUCAAGCGAAGACUGGUUAGGUAUAUUUCAAGAAGAGGAAGAUGAUAACGAUAAUGCCGACGCUGGAAUGCCAUCAUGGUUGGUAGGUGGUGAUACCAAAAAGAAAAAGAAAGAAAAGCAGCCUGAAAAGAAACAGACACCAAAAGAAGAAGUUAAAGAAAAAGUAGUUGAAGAAAAAUCUGAGAUAGAACCUGAGAAAGAUACAGUAGAUGCGAAUAUACCAAAGAUGCCACAAGCAGUUUCUGUAGCGAUAAACCCGGUAUUACAAGGGAGUAGUGAGGAUAUAACAGCGGAGGGAGCGGCGUUGUAUUUGCAACAGCAGCAAUCUCAGUUAAUGGUAGCGAUGCAAUUGAAAGCGCAAGAGGAAAAACUCGUAGCUAUGCAAAUGCGGCAGAAGGAGAGCCAGCGCGUGCAGCGAGAGGCAGCGUUGGCGCAUCACGAGCAAUUAGAUGCAAUGUUACGAAAGCAAUCCGAGAAUAGGCAGCAAAUGCAAGCUAUAAUUGCAGCGCAUCAAGAAAGAAUUACGCAGAGGAUAAAAGCUCUACUAAGUACGCAAGACGUAAAUAGUGAAGACAAUAACAAUCCUAACGAAAAUUAUGAAAAUACUGGAAUGGAAACCAGAGAAACACCUCACAAUAGGGAAAGAAAACAGCUGUUACAAUUAGUUCAAUCUCUGCAAGAGAAUCAUGACAAAGAGAUCGAUUUAAUGGAGACGUCUUACAGACGACAACUGGCAUUUCUAGAAAUUUCGCUCAAUCAAUCCGAAGAACGGAUGAAAGAGGAAGGCGAUAAGUUGGUUAAAUUUUAUACGGAGAAGAUCGGCUGGCUAGAAGAGCACCAUCAUUUGUACAAGAAGUUGACUGAAGACAAUUUGACUGCAUUAACCGAGCGGCAUAGAGCUGAAAAUGAAAUGUUAAGGCAACAGCACUUAGAUAAUGUUAAAAUUCUACAAGAACAUUACGCAGCCCUCAUGGAGAAUAUAAAAACCGCUGUAAAGCAAGAACAAGUCCUCAUACAAGAUUCUGCAGGAUUUUCGUCCAACUUACAAGAAUUAUUGAUAGACGUAAAAGAAAAUAAAUCUCAGUGCCAAUUGCUUGUAGAUAAAGUUCAUUCGUUAGCUGAGAAUACUCAACGAGAUACAGAAAAGAAUUUGCAAGUUAGAGAAACUCAAAUUAAUGAAAUGAUACAGCAAUUGAAAAAAGAAAGGGACAAUUUUGAAACAGAGAAGUUGGAAAAUAGGGAAUUGAUCAAAAUGUUGGAGACCAGACUGAAACAAAUGACUAGUAUGAUUGAAGAAGAAACAUCGUCUUUAAAGCAGAAAAAGAUGGAAUUUGAAUACGAAAAAGCUACGUUCAAUAAACAAACUGAAUUUGCUAAAAAUAUAUUGAAAAAACAAGACGAAGAACUCACGAUGUUAAAGGAAGAUUUUCAAAGGGAAUAUCAAGAAAAAAUAUCAAAAGUAGACGAGGAAAAAUCAAAAAUUAUAAAAGAUAGUGCUGCGGUAGCCAAAGAAAAGGCAUCAGUAAUAAAUUUGAAACAAGAACUUGAGAAACUGAAAGCCGAGCUGCAGGCACAGCUAGAAGAAGUUUCCGAGGAGAGAUCGAAGUUGAAUGCUGAAAAACAACAGAUGAACAUGGAAGAACAGAGAAUAAUGGCUAAGAGUCGAGAUUUAGAUCUUCUAGCAAAGACUGCAAUAGAAAAACAAUCUCAAGCAGAUAAGAAAUAUUCAGAAGCGGAAUUUUUACAAAGAAAAUACGAAGAUAGGAUACGACGAAUCCAAGAGCAUGUUGUUUCAUUAAAUUCUAGAGAAAAACAGAUCGCUAGGGAAAAAGUAGCUCUUUCCAGAGAAAGAUUAACAUUACAUAAUGAGAGGAAGCAGAUAGAGAGUCGGCAGCAAUGCUCAUUAUGUAAAUCUACGCAAAAUGCUCCAUACAGUUUUGAAAAUUAUACAUUUCCAGAAUCGUAUUUGAAUGUUCCAGUCGCGAGAGAUAUUAAAGAUGGAAAUGUGAAUUCUGCCAUGAAUGCUAUAGAGCAAGAAAUGGCCCAUCUAAUGAGUAGAAAUUUUAAUCUGAGACAUAAUCCAGUGAUUGCUAAUGUAGGCAAUGAAGACCGACGUUUAAGUAACGUAAAUGAUCUCCCAAGUUCGGAACCUAUGCAGAUGGAAUCUGGACCUUUUAAGGAAUACAUGGAUCCGAAAUUCAUGAUGCUUCGUCUCGACGUUCAGAAGGUGUUAAGCAACCUCGAUCAACACAAAAGAGAUAAUGUCGAAGACAAUGCAAUUGAAGAAGAGUAAUUUGAAGUGAAAAAGUGUAGUCUAGUUUUAAUUGAAUAAAACGUAAGUAAAAGUAUAAUAAAGUCUAAAAGGCUAGCAUCCAAAACGGAUACCGUCGGGUAAUUGUUAUAUCUCAAUUGUAUCAAUCUUGGCAACGUGGACCAUUCAGCGGGAAGAUGGGUCGACAUUGUAAGGAUCUAGGGUCGAAUCUAGAUACGAUUGGCUCACCGAAAAAGGUGGCACGAUAUGAGAGGUCUAUACCCAGCAGUAGGACUGGUAAGUUGUGGAUGAUAAUAUAUCCAGUAGUGUUCAUUUUUGUUCGGUUGUGGUUCAUGGU